AAGCCCUACUCGCUGACGGAGCGCAAGGCGCGGGCGGCCACGCACAACCAGCCGUGGGGCCCAACCGGCAGCGAGCUGGCACGGCUGAGCGAGCUGUCGUUCAGCCCCGCCGACUGCGCCACCAUCCUGCACGUUGUGGACCUGCGCCUGAGCUACCCGCCCAAGAAGUGGCGCAAUGUGUACAAGGGCCUGACCCUGCUGGAGUACCUGCUGCGCCACGGCAGCGAGCCGUGCGUGGCGCGGGCGCGC